GCAAGGUCGUUGCCGAUAACAGCUGUUUGUGUCCGCCUCUUAUUGUCAAGCAGACCCAUCACUAACGUUGCUUUUCAUGUCCAAAGAAAUUUAUGAAGAUUUCAACUGAUAGUUUCAACGUUACAGACGAAUAAAACAGCUCCCAGGCACACCGCGACGCCAGUGCAUAGCUGACUCGCGCGCGUCCCGCAAAUUAUAAUUGGUUCGCUUUAGUUUUCCAUAUUCAGAUAUUGCCAGCCAGUCCAAAGAAUGGACAAACUGAUCAAAAUGAUGAACCACCGAUCUGAAGUAGUCGUGGGCGAAAAAUACAGAAUCAUACGCAAAAUUGGCAGCGGCUCCUUUGGUGACAUUUAUCUGGGUAUGAGCAUGCAGUGCGGCGAGGAGGUGGCCAUCAAAAUGGAGGCAACCAACGCCCGCCAUCCGCAGCUCCUUUACGAAUACAAACUGUAUCGCGUGCUCAGCGGCGGCGUUGGAAUUCCCCGCAUCCGAUACUACGGCAACGAGAAGAACUUCAACAUACUGGUUAUGGAUCUGCUGGGGCCCUCACUCGAGGACCUGUUCAACUUCUGCACGCGCCAUUUUACAAUCAAGACGGUGCUAAUGCUCGUCGAUCAGAUGAUAGGCCGUUUGGAAUAUGUGCACAUGAAAUGCUUCAUCCAUCGCGACAUUAAACCGGACAACUUCCUCAUGGGCAUCGGCCGUCACUGCAACAAGCUCUUUCUGAUUGACUUUGGCCUGGCCAAGAAGUAUCGGGAUCCGCACAGACGGAUGCACAUACCGUAUCGCGAGGAGAAGAACUUGACGGGCACCGCCCGCUAUGCCUCAAUUAAUGCCCACGUCGGCAUCGAGCAGUCGCGUCGCGAUGACAUGGAGUCCCUUGGUUAUGUGAUGAUGUACUUCAAUCGUGGUGUUCUGCCCUGGCAGGGCAUGAAAGCCACCAAUAAGAAGCAAAAAUACGAAAAAAUCUCCGAAAAGAAAAUGUCCACACCCAUCGAGGUGCUCUGCAAGGGUUAUCCGGCCGAAUUCUCAAUGUAUUUGAACUACUGCCGCAGUCUGCGCUUCGAGGAGCCACCAGACUACAUGUACUUGCGCCAGCUCUUCCGCAUUUUGUUCCGCACACUAAAUCAUCAGUAUGACUAUAUCUAUGACUGGACGAUGCUGAAGCAGAAGACCCAUCAGAAUCAACAGCAGACAACAGCCAAUGCGCUGACGCCGGAGCAGCGUGCCGAGCGCGACAAGGAGAAGCAGAGCGGCAGCAAGCCAACUGCAAUGGUUGAAUAGGCCACGCCCGCCGCCUCCUCCCCAUCCUCAACCAUCUCUGCCACCCAUAAACCUUCCCCUAACCCCCCACUUGGUUUAAAUGAUGAUGGCCAAGAGCAUCAAAAGCAAUUAAUCGAGUUAAUCGAAAAAAAUAAAAGAAAGGAAAAGGAGGCGGCCAUUGAGUGCACUAGCUGCAUUGAAGAGCGAGAUAACCAGGAUUAGAUGUGCAUAUAAAUAUAUAUAUAUAUAUAUAUACAUACAAGAUA